AUGGCCGACCGCGAGCAGCCCUACGACCCCUACAUUCCCGCCAGCGGCGGCGGUGCAAACGCCCAGCAGCCCGGGAACCACCGCAAUGAAGCCAUCCAAGCUGAAAUCAACGGCGCCAUCCAGGAGAUGGACAGGAAUGUGCGGCAGCUGAAAGCCCGAGAAGAGCGCCUAGACUCUCUCCAGAACAAGACAGACAAUCUCGCCCAGUCUGCACAGGGCUUCCGACGGGGCGCCAACAAAGUGCGCAAGCAGAUGUGGUGGAAGGACAUGAAGAUGCGCAUGUGCCUCAUUGUCGGCAUCAUCAUCCUGCUUGUCAUCAUCAUUGUGCCUUCUGUCGUUGCGACGAAGAAGAACUAGGCGCUCCAUGUCCACUACAACGAAACAUAGUCUAUAAUAAUUGCAAAGGGUGCGGGAGCUGUAAGCCACACUGGGAGGGGAGGUGGCCACGAUUUGUGCUGUACACAGCGAGAGACAUGAGUUCGUGUAGGACUCAUGACUACGGCGAAAUGGGAGCGACCACUUGGAUCUAUUCUUGUCUUUCUUUGCAUACCGCCGGGCAGCUGGCUCCUGUGCAAUGGAAC